CUGGUUCGCGCCUGUGUCGGGGCGAGGGGACGGUUUAAAGUUAUACUGUUACACUAGGAUGGAUGGAAUCUCCUCUCAGAGUAAUUCUACAUCCGUCUGACAGCGUGUACCAGCCUUCCUAGACUGUCUGGCGUUGUUGGAGUCUUCCUGGGUGUGCCCCUCAAGUCACCUUCUCCUGUGACUGGCUACCCCUACUUGGAUAUGCACAACAUGGAGUCGUCGGGAUGGCUCAGCCCGCCUCCCGUGGAGCCAUCCCUGGCUGAGCUCCUCUUCCUCUGCCCCCAAGCUCGCUCAUCCCAAUGAUCGCUUCACCGCGUCCAUGUAUGAGAGGAUCUACCGAUCUGCAUCUCAGGUGGGGCGCUCCGUGAACGCUGCUGCCCUCCUCUCCAUAUACAUGGCGGUACAGAGUGCGCAAUCUCUGUCCGGUCUCCAAGCCACUUUCCUCAUCAUGGGAUUUGGCACUGGUUCUGGAUGAACUUACAGGCAAUCACUUUGAAUCCCUGGAGACAGUGGAWCUUAAGACUCUGUCAUAUAAAACAGCCCAGUUGCUCGCCUUGGCUAUGGCCAAGUGUGUUAGCGACCUUCAUGUGCUCUCGGUUYAUCCUUCAUGCACUCAGUUUCCCCCCCGACUACUCCAAGGCUAUGAAACAUCCUUACGCCACGUUCAUUCCUAAGGUCAUUCCCAUGACUUAUAGUAGUCAAACCACUGACCUUUUUUCCCUUCCACCCUCCGCCGUUCUCUUCUCCAGAGCAGCGGCGCCUUAAGUGCGUGCACUGCGCAGCUACUGAACAUGGACAGCACUAGGCCAUUCCGAAGUUGUGACCAACUUUUUGUUUGCUUUUCCACCCCUGAUCUGGGUAGGGCUUUGUCCAAACAAUGCCUCACCCAUUGGGUAGUGGAGGCUAUUGCCAAGGUGUACAGUUGUCUGKGAUUGCAGUCUCCCCUGGGUGUCCGCGCACAUUUCACUUGAGGAAUUGCCACGUCAUGGGCAYUGUAUAUAGGCAUCUCCGUCUUGGAGAUUUGUGCGGCUAGUUAGGCUUCUUCUCACACCUUUGUGAGGUUCUAUUGCGUGGACGUUACUGCGCCCUCCCUGGCGCACAGAGUCCUUGGACUGAAGCUGAGUAGGAUGGAUCAGGUACAUUACCAUGUACCACAACAGGCUUCUCAGGAAAGGUACUAUUGGCAAUCGGGGAGCUUUGCAAGUGUCCCAUAGUGAAAUGUCCAACCGAGUYGACUGAAAGAAAACUUUGGGUUACGGUAUGUAACCCCGGUUCUCUGAAGGAGAUCUCACCAGAUUGCCCCUCUUGCACGAUUUGUGUAARAGGUAGUUCUUAGAAUGAGGAAACCAGAGCAGUGAAUGGUGUUAUAUAUAAAGCUCUGAUAUGGGGCGUACACCCAUAAAGCUCUGAUAUGUCUGUUAGGCAUGAUUGGUUUCAACCAAUGACCAACAAAAUAGGGCGUGUCCCAUAGUGAGAUGUCUUCCUCAUCUCCUUCAGAGAAACGGGGUUACAUACCGUUACGCAAAGUUACCUAUUGUUUGAACAGGUAGAUGACUAUCACUCUGUCCACCAAAUGCUGAUGGUGGCCAUUGCAGAUCAUUCUAAUCACAUCCGUAACAUGCUGGAGCAGGCAGAGGACRCACAACUCAUGGGGGACAAGUUAGUGACGCCAUAACAACCACCAUGAUUUCUCUGCUUGGCUUUUCUUUUCAUCCCUUCAUCUUUUUGCAUGACAGGAGGAACAUGAAGAAGCUCUACAUUGAGCUCUAUGACCUGAACWGAGACCUGAUCAAUGAGUACAAGAUCGGAUCCAACAAUCACAAUGUUCUUAAGUCUGUCAACCAGGCCCAUUCAGAGGGCAGGGAGACUGAGAGUGGGUAAGCCAAAGAAUCAGGUUAUCACAGCCUGCCGAGACACUAUCAAAAACAACAAUGUCAAUGCCCUGUUCAAGAUCAUGAGAGCAGGCACAGCCUCUUCCUGAGGGUACCCCCUGUGUGAAAGGGGGGAGCCAGUCCGGGGGGAGCCAGGAGAGGAGGCUUUAUAAGUGUGAAGAAAGUCUAGUUCACUAGUGACAAGGCCUGAAGAAAAGACAGGCCUCUCCUGCACCCCUAGAUGUCAUAUUGGUCAGCAGUGAUGUUUUAGAAGAGUCAGUGGGUGGGAGUAACUGUCACGUUGUAAAUGUGGUUUUCUAGCCAAAGAAAUCUAUACUCCUUUAAUGUUAAAUGGGACCAGCAUAGUGUGAUACACGUUUACAUUUUAUAGAUUGUAAAUAGUCAGGGAACUUUGUGUGUGCAGAAAAUGUAACCCUAAAUUAAAUGGUCUUUUAACUUAAUAUGUCUGUUUUUGGUUUUCAUUGUAGUAUUUUCAUUCAAGUCUUGUUGGUUGAAUGAAUGUCUUCAAUGUCUCUCAGGCCAGAUUGCUGUUAAGUGAAUCCAGCUCYUAAAUUGCAGCCAUUUAAGACAGCUAGGGGCUAGAAGUGCAUAUGGUGCUGUAUUGCAAGAACAUCAAUCACCACGAUAAAAGUACAAAGUGUCUGACAAAAAAAUAMGUCUGCUAGGUCCGGAUCAUUAUGCUCCCCCCUUUCCCCUUCCUUCAUAUUCUUGGAGAGUCCGCUUCCAGUUGCUGCGUUGGCAUCUGGCGCACAGCUGGACCAGCGACUCCCACACGUGUCACGUGACCAGUGAAAUGAAUACCGUUAAAAUGCUGUCUUGCCAAUUUUGCACGUUUUUCAAAAAGUUAACUUUACCUUACUGAGCCUCCCUCCAUACACCAUGUAGGUCUGUAUUCAUUUCAUGUAUUUUUCUCUCUCCAUUUUAAACUUCGUUUUUGUUGGACCCCAGCACUGUCAGAGACUGCAGUUUUCAUACAGAAACCAGAUGUUCCYGGGUUUGGCAGUGUYGCUAUAAAUUGCUUUGGUGACUUUCAUCUGUUGUGACUACUGGGAGAUKAUCUGUUCUGUUCCUUUGAGGGGGCGUGUCUGCUAUAGGAAAAGGAUUACAGCCUGCCGAAGAGAUUAAAUGGAAUGAAUUUUGCAGACUAAAGGGAAAACCCCUCUGAGAUACUGGAGUAGAAACAUAAGGACUGCAGAGUGUUGGGUUACUGAGCAUUAUCCAGCAGGACCUCAGGGUCCCCCAGAAAACCUCUCGGGAAUUGCUCUUGCAUGGGUGAUCACUAUUGUGAACUCUUCACAGGAUGCUGUAUGGAGCUUUCUGAUCUCAGAGAUCCUGAGGAAGAGGAAAAUACAAAUUAAUGGGAAAAGCCUUUGAAGGGAAAUAGGUUCAGUAGGACACAAUGAGGAGAAUUCRCAUAAAAGGAGAUGUUCUGUGCACCCUGCUCAUGCUGGGGCUACUCUGUCUGCUGUUGUACGCCCACCAAUGCUUCACUCCCACCUGGGACACUUGGCACUUAGAGCAGGGCUCUACAAGCUCCCGUGCUCUUCUAGGGGCUCUACCAGAGAGCCACGUGACUAAACUGGUCCCCUCUACGCACCCAGAUAAGACAAAGUGCCAGUCUGAGCCUCAGUCACAUCCGAAGUCCAAACUUCAGUCUAAAUCCAAACCUAAGGCCAAGACCAAAUCUAGAUCCAAGUCAAAGAAAGAUGAGGGGACAAAGAAGGUUGCUCCAACAAAGGCUGCUCCUGUUUUACCCACACAACCACCUUUUGACUUUGAGGGUUACCUAMGAGAUAAGGACAACCGGGACUUCAGACUGCUGAUAGACCAGCCAGGGAAGUGCUCAGGCGAGCUCUACAUGCUCAUUACUAUCAAGUCCGUAGCAGCAGACUUUGAAAGAAGGCAGGUAGUGCGGCACACCUGGGGAAGAGAGGGUGUUCUCCCGGAUUUGCAGACAGUGAAGACUGUAUUCCUCCUUGGGGUACCCAGGAACAAGACAGCCCUGCCUUUAUGGGACCGGCUCCUUGCCUAUGAGAGCCACACCUUUGGGGACAUUCUYCUCUGGGACUUUGAUGACACAUUUUUCAAUUUGACACUUAAAGAGACCCACUUCCUCCAGUGGGUGAAUGACAGCUGCUCCAAUGUCCAGUUUAUCUUCAAAGGUGAUGCUGAUGUCUACGUGAAUAUAGACAACAUUUUGCAGAUGCUGAAGGGUCAGAAGCCUGACAAGGACCUCUUUGUGGGUGACAUAAUCCACCACGCCCGCCCCAUCCGCCGGCGCAGCAGCAAGUACUUUGUGCCUGAGUUUGUGUACGGCCAGACGAUGUAUCCGUCAUAUGCAGGAGGGGGAGGCUUUGUGAUGUCCGGCCACACCGCCAGGCGGCUGAGUGGAGCGUGUCAGCAGGUAGAACUAUUCCCCAUCGACGAUGUGUUCUUAGGCAUGUGCUUAAAGAGAAUCGGAGUCAAACCGUCACGCCAUGAAGGUUUCCGUACAUUUGGAAUUGUGCGCCCCUCGGCUGCUCCCCACCUCCAGGUGUUUGACCCUUGUUUCUACAGGGAGCUGAUGGUGGUACACAGCUUGACAGUGCCACAGAUCUGGCUCAUGUGGAACCUGCUGCAUGACCCCCAACUGAGCUGUCACAGUAACCUGGCCCCCACCCCAUGGCCCUUUAAGUGGAGGGGCAAGGUACUCGGAACAACAGGACAGAAGGACUCCGAGACUACAGUGGAACAGGACUAUGAUGUUACAGUGUUUGUAAAGCAUUGAGGGCUUUGUGUUAUGUCGAUUAGAGGGACUACACUGUGAAAGAGCCAUUGGGAUAUGGAAGCUGUGAUUGAAUGUUUGGUACAGUUAUUUUUAGGUAAUACAGUGGUUUUUGCUUAACAGUUUACAGCCAUGGUAAAUGUGCAUCGUCUCUAGGAAACAGUAUUUUUUCUUAUCUUUUUCUUGGAAACAUCCUGGAUGUAAAACCAGUUGGUAAAUUUAUUGUGGUGGUAAUGUUUUAAAAACACCCCUGCUCCAUUUAGGUACAGUAUGACUUACUUUGUUUAUUUUAUUGCACAGAGCCUCAAUAAGGUCAAUAUAGAUUGAAACAUGUGCCAGGUUGAUUUUGUGCAGUUGAAUAUACAGUACAGCGUUGUAAAUUAAGAAUCUUUGGGUGCGUUCGUAAAUUCACUCUGGCUAUCUACUCUGAUUUCAGAGCACUCUUGUCUGAGUGUGUCAGAGC